AGCAGCAGCAUGGUGGCUGAGAACACGGAGGCUCACCUCCUCCGCCGGGUCUCCACCACACGGAGGCCAAGCGGGAUGGCCCUGCCGCACAGCAGCAAGCCCCGGCACACCCGCAAGAAACUGCAGGUCAUUAUCUGUGUGCUCUUGGUGGAGCUGUGCGAGCGCUUCACCUUCUUUGGUAUAGUCUGUAAUAUGAUCCUCUUCUGCACAAUCAAACUGGGAUAUGACAACCACCAGGCAGCCAUUGUCAACUUGUGCUUUGUUGGAGCUAGCACCCUCACUCCAGUCCUGGUGGGCUGGUUUGCAGAGACAUGCCUAGGAAGGACCAAGGUUCUCUAUAUGUGCGCCCUCAUGCACUUCAUUGGCACUGCUAUGCUUCCAGUGGUGGCAUUCCCUUUUGAGGACUUUUAUAUGGAUACUCACAAUAUAAUACACCACCUAGAGCCCAGGGAGCAGCAGAUUCUAUUCUACAUUGGCCUCCUGGCUGCAGCUCUAGGAAUAGGCGGCAUUCGUGCCAUCCUCUGUCCUCUGGGUGCCUACCACCUGCAGGGCUACGACCAACAUCAGCUCCUAUCCUUCUUCAACUGGUUCUAUUGGCUGGUCAAUCUGAAUUCUACAGUGGUGUUCUUGGGAAUCGCCUACAUCCAGCAGUCAGUGGGCAAAAAUCUAGGAUUCCUUAUUCCAUUUACAUCGGUUCUACUUGCACUUAUUGCCAUACAUAUGGUGCGAAGCAAACUCACCUUCCGUCCAAAGAAAGGAGGAAGCUCCUUACUGACCACAAUGGGUGUCUUCCUGAACUCACUAAAGAUGUGUUGUUUACAUUACCGUUACUUGAGUGGGGACGUCUCCAGUUGGUUGGACCGGGCGAAGGAGAACAAUGGUGGCCGAUACAGUGAGACACAUGUUGAGAAUGUCAAGAUCCUGUCCAAAUUGUUUCCUCUUUUUGUCCUCCAGCUCCUCUACCGCACCUGCAUAACACAGAUUCCGUCAGGCUACUAUCUCCAGACCAUGCACUCCAAUCUGAAUUUGAAUGGCUUUCUGCUGCCCGUAGCCGCCAUGAAAGUGAUUAGCAUCUUACCACUACUGUUACUUGCUCCCCUACUUGAGUUUGUGAGCACCUGUCACCUGUCCAUGCAUAAAAAGCCCCUCUCUCCAGCCACAGCAAUAACUCUGGGUCAUACAUGUGCCACUCUUUCUACACUGGUGGCUGGCAUCACAGAGAUCUACAGGAAGGAAUAUCCCCUGGUGGAACAGACCUUGUCAGGGAAAGUGUUGCAGGUGUCCUCCAUGGCCUGCUUCCAGCUCACACCCCAGUAUAUUCUACUGGGAGUUGCAGAGGCCCUAGUGACUCCAGCAUGCUCUAUCAUUUCCUUCUGUCUGACUCCCAGUCAUUUGCGUGGAAUUGCUCUGCACUUUCUGACUCUAUCCUAUGGAGGAGGAUGUUUCUUGGGUGCUUUAAUUGUCCAGCUGGUCUUUUCAGUAUCUGGCGGUGGAUUUUACCCGAAUAUUCUGAGUGAUGGAAAUCUGGAGGUUUUUUUCUUUCUAUUGUCUAUACUGAUGGCAAUGAACACCGUAGUCUUUUGGAAACUGUCACACAGGUACUCAGACCUAUCUGUGGAGUUGGGAAAAGGAGUGAGGAGCAGUCAUCUUGCUGAAAAACUGCUGCAGUACAAAGCGUGCCUCCGGUUCUAUGACACAGUGCACUUUGGAACUCUGCCCUCUGUGGAAAUUUAAACCUGUUUCGAGACUGAUGACCCUGUAACGCUGGCGUUACGCACUCACAAAAUCAGAGACAUCAAGCCAAACACGGACAAUAUCCAGCCCUUCCUGACUACUACAAGUUUAUUCUGGUGACUGUCCUAAUAUUGAUGACCCUUAUUGAGGAAAUUAG